AUAACAGCGUGUCCAUGGACCAUGGCUAUUAGGGUUCCACUUUGAUCCCUUCCGAAGGCUAAGCUACUGCUCCCCAACUCGUCCAUGAAAUCGUUCAUUCUCAAGAUAUCGAAGAGCAGGAAAAAGAGAAGAGAGAAAGCAAGACCGGCCUGCCAUCAAGAGAUGGAAGCUAAUAGAAGAAGGGAAGGAGGAGUGGAGAUGAGGAAGCUUCAUAUAGUUUACUUCCUCAGCCGAAAUGGAAAGACUGAGCAGCCCCAUCUAAUUCGUGUUCAUCAUUCGAGCAACAAUGGGGUUCACCUACGAGAUGUUAAGAGAUGGCUUUCAGAGCUUCGGGGAAGAGAAAUGCCGGACUCCUUUUCUUGGUCUUACAAGAG